UCUCAACUCUGUGGGCGGGAUAUGGGUGGGUUUGUGUAGAGAUCCUACCCAAUGGAACAGAAGCGCUCUGGCAACCGCGGCCAUACAGGUCGCCAGGAGGUUGGCGGCCCGAAACAGGGGCGGAGUUUGAGGAAAGGGCUGCACCCGGGCCGCGUCAGGCGCGAAGUCUCCCCGAUCAUGACCUCCACUGGUCCGGAUUCCUCUGCUACCAGGCAUCGGCGGGGUCGACACCACCCUCACUCGCCCCCGCAGGAAUCCGCUGGCACCUCAACCUCGAAGCGAGGUGUAAAGAAAGGUUCUACACGGCACUCCAGCCCCAAUCUAGCAGAGGUGAAGAAGAAAGGCAGAAUGAGAAAGCUCAGCCUAUCCACCGAGCAGGAUAUCAUCUCUGGGCUGCAAGGGCUGGAUCUGAACCUUGAGAGCAGGGUGCUUACUGGCACAGGCUUGGUGUUUGAUGAACAAACCGAUGAAUUCCACCGCCUCUGGGAUGACAGCGUCCUGGAAAACCUGGAGCGUCUCCGUGUCAUCAGGGAGCAGCUGAUCCAGAGAGGCCUCCUGGACCGCUGUGUGUCUUUCAAGGCCCGCUUUGCCGAGAAGGAGGAGCUGGUGCUGGUUCACAGCCAAGAAUAUGUUGAUCUGAUAGAGACAACCCAAAACACGAAUGAGGCGGAGCUUCGUGCCAUAGCAGAAGGCUAUGACUCAGUUUAUCUACAUCCGAAUCCAUAUGUCUGUGCCUGCCUGGCCACGGGCUCAAUCCUCACACUGGUAGAUGCCAUAUUGGAAGAGGAGAUCCGGAAUGGCAUGGCCAUCAUCAGGCCUCCUGGAAACCGUCCCCAGCACAGUCGUAUGGAUGAGUGUUGCAUGUUCAACCACAUAGCCGUGGCUGCCCGCUAUGCACAGCAGAGACAUAACCUCCAGAGGAUCCUUAUCGUGGAUUGGAAUGUACACCAUGGUCAGGGCACCCAGCUCAUCUUUGAUGAGGACCCCAGUGUCCUGUGUAUCUCCAUCCACCACUACGAACAGAAUCAGGUCUGUCCCCAUCUUAAAGCCUCAAACUGGUCUCCAACAGGAGUUGGCCCAGGUCAGGGAUAUACCAUAAAUGUGCCUUGGAACCAGGAGGGAAUGCGAGAUGCUGACUACAUUGCCAUUUUCCUGCGCAUCCUUCUGCCCGUGGCACUCGAGUUCCAGCCCCAGCUGGUACUUGUAGCUACUGGAUUUGAUGCACUCCAAGGGGACCCUAAGGGUGAGAUGUCCACCACUCCCGCAGGGUUUGCCCAGCUUACGCACCUGCUCAUGGGCUUGGCGGAUGGCAAGCUGAUCCUUUGUCUGGAGGGUGGCUACAACCUGUGUUCUCUGGCCGAGGGUGUUACUGCCUCUCUCCACACCCUUCUGGGAGACCCGUGUCCCAUGCUGGACUCCCCUGGGGCCCCGUGCCCAAGUGCCCAGGCAUCCCUAUUCUGUGCUCUGGAAGCCCUAGAGCCCUUCUGGGAGAUCCUUGCACUGUCAGCUGAGUCCCUGAAAGGGGACCCAGUGGAAAGGGAGAGCCCGGAGAACAACAAAGAAAAGGAAAAGGCCACAUCGCUAGAGUCUCCCAGUGCUCCAGUCCUGUCAUGGCCCACGCUACAGGCCAGGACAGGGCUCAUCUCAGAUCAGCGGAUGAUGCAACAUUAUAACAUCUGGGACAGCCACCACCCAGAAAGACCUGAGCGCAUCUCGCGCAUAAUGUGUCGCCUAGAAGAGCUGGGCCUGGUAAAGCGCUGCCAUCUCCUGGCUGCACGUCCGGCCACAGAUUAUGAGCUACUCAGAUGUCACAGUGUGGAGUACCUGAGUCGUCUACGGGCCACGGAGAAGAUGAAAGGCCGAGAGCUUCACCGGGAAAGCAUCAGCUUUGAUUCUAUCUACAUCUGUCCCAGUACCUUCUCAUGUGCGCAACUGGCUGCAGGUUCCACUUGCCGUAUGGUGGAGGCCGUUCUCUCUGGAGAGGUCUUGAAUGGAAUUGCUGUGGUCCGCCCACCAGGCCACCACGCCGAGAUGAACACUGCAUGCGGUUUUUGUUUUUUCAACACGGUUUCAAUUGCUGCUCGACAUGCCCAGGCUUUCAGUAGGAAAGUGCUACGGAUAUUGAUCAUAGACUGGGAUGUUCAUCAUGGUAAUGGAACCCAGCACACAUUCGAGGACGAUUCCAGUGUGUUGUACAUCUCUUUACAUCGCUAUGAUCAUGGAACAUUCUUUCCCGUGGGGGAUGAAGGCAGCAGCAGCAAAGUGGGACGAGGUGAUGGUGCAGGCUACAAUAUCAACGUAGCAUGGAAUGGACCCCGCAUGGGUGAUACUGAAUACCUGGCUGCUUGGCAUCGCUUAGUGCUUCCUGUUGCCUAUGAGUUUAACCCAGAGCUCAUCCUUGUAUCUGCUGGUUUUGACGCUGCCCGGGGUGACCCCCUUGGAGGCUGCCUUGUGACACCUGAGGGCUAUGCCCAUCUCACCCACCUGCUGAUGGGCCUUGCUGGUGGUCGAAUUAUCAUCGUGCUAGAGGGCGGCUAUAACCUGACAUCCAUCUCAGAAUCUAUGGCAGCCUGUACCCGCACCCUCCUGGGCGACCCACCACCACUGCUGGCUUUAGAUCGCCCUCUAAAAGCAAAUGCCCUAGCCUCCAUCUCUGAGACGAUCCAGGUUCAUCGUAGAUACUGGCGUAGUUUGCGCGUUACAAGAAGGGGUGAUAUCAAAAGAUUUUGUCCUAAGAGAUACCAUCAGGAAGCACCCCACUCUUAUCAUUCUGGGUUCCUAGAAGAAGAAAUAGACAUUCCUGGAGCAAGUGCUCUAGAUGCCAGUACGGGUGAAUGUACUUUGGCAUCAUCUGCAGAAGAGGCCACUUCGAGUAUGAAUAAAUCAAACAUCAAUACAUCCUUAAUGGUGGGAUCUCAGAACAAGUCCUCAGAGGUAGCUGAACAGGAUACUUCCUGGGAUGACACCACUUCGGACAGAGCUGUGGCACAAGCCACACUGGACAAGAGCCCUUCCGCUUCAUGUACUGUCAGUACAUUACCACCUUCUUUUGAGCAAGAAGUUACAUCACCCGAUAUGCCAGCUGGACGCCUCAAGGCCUUGGGACCAGCCAGUGCAGCUCAGGCCAUACCUGACAUGAAGGCCAUAGAAGAAGAGAGUCCAGUGGAAGGGGCUGUUGGUGGCCAGGAAGAGAAUAACUCUCUGGUAUUUCAGUUGCUUGAAAACCAAGUGGACCUUGAGCAGGUCUCAUUUUAUGCCAUAACACCAAUGACCUGGUGUCCCCAUUUGGAGUUGGUCUGCCCUGUACCAAAAGAAGGAUUGGAUGUUACUAUGGCGUGCCAGGAUUGUGGCACAGACCAGGAGAACUGGGUUUGUUUAUCUUGCUACCAGGUCUACUGUGGCCGCUAUGUUAAUGGCCAUAUGGUGCAACACCACGAAAUCUCAGGACACCCACUGGUCCUUAGCUAUGCUGAUCUAUCAGUCUGGUGCUACAACUGUCAAUUUUAUGUACAUCAUCAGGAUCUUAUGGAGGUGAAGAACAUCGCUCACCAGAAUAAGUUUGGGGUGAACAUGCCCCAUUCACAUUAAGUCCUGAAAUUUGUUCAUCUUCUGAGGCUCAUGAAAAACCAGCCUUAGAUAGAUCACAUAACAUGCCCAAUGAGGCUGUUAAUAACUUUAUUUUGUUCUGAACUCUCCAAGAGUUAUGAUCCCCACCCUAUUGCCCAAUAUUGAUUUUUGUUGAAACCCUUCAGAAGACUGCGGCCAUCAUCUCAAGAUCUUGCCUCACCUCACUGCCUACUCAGAGAUAACUAUCUUCUCUGGUUCUGAAGGAAACACGAGUCAUCUUAGUGACCCUAAGAGAGGCUGAUAACAUGAUAAUGUAAACUUUGAAAGGUGGGGUCACCAACCACCUGGUGUGGAGUUGC